AAACGGCACUUGAUAUAAAUGUGGAAACUCACAUUUUACAGUUUUCUGGUCCUGGCCUGCAGCAAAGGCAUCGUCAGCCAGUUUUCCGACAUCUUCGACGAAGAGUUGUUCAUCAAACCACUCCCGGAUAGGUUUGUUUACAGUUACUUUCAGUUCACCACGCGAUGGGAGUUGGGUAAAAAUGAUAGUUUGCUUCACACAAACCUUGUUUCUCGUCCACUCGCGGAACUAUUCCACCACUUCGGUGUGCAGGAGCUCCACCUGAGUUUCACCUACGGAUUGUGGCGAUACGAAAGCUGGGGCUACCCGGUAACGGAUGCUGGUCCGGGAGCGGAAGUAUGGGCCUGGUUCGAUCCUACCACCGACCGCGCAUCGAUUGACCACCGAUGGAAGAUGCUUUGCGGGACGCUGUCGGGACUUUUCUGUGCAUCGCUUAGCUUUAUCGAUCCAAGCAACACGUUCCAACCGGCCUACUCUCUACGACCACAAACGCAUCACUUCCCCGGACAACCCGAGCCGAUUCUACGCUAUGCGGCCCUUCCGCGGGAAAUAGUAUGUACCGAAAAUCUUACGCCCUGGGCCAAGCUGUUGCCGUGCCGCUCGCGGGAAGGUAUGGUAUCGCUGCUCGUCCCGGACAGUGUGUACGCAAGCAACUACCAUUCGCUGGGGGUCCACAUGCGUAAGCUGUGUGCUAAUGCGGCCUGCAGCGAGUUCCAGCUAGAAGUGAAACAAACGGUCAACGUCGUACAGGAUUUGCGACUGUUUGGUGGUCCGAAUUGGUCCAUCAGGAAGCUGUUCGGACAGGGUAUGGAGGGCUCGUGUGCCCUAGCAACCACAAGCAAUGUAUACGUUGAUGUUACGGACAACACCUAUGACGUUUCCCAAAAGCCCGAUGAAACGAUUCAAUCCGUUCGAGGAGGUGCCCGAACGGAACUGCACCGUUACGAUGUGAAACAGUUCGAGGCCGUCAUGGCAAAGGGUCGCCGGGCAAUGUUCAACGUGGCGGUGAUGGAUAAACGUGAUCCGAACGUUGUGAUCGUGGCGGGCCCACCACCGAUUUCGGCCAAACGGUUCAUCCUGGGCGUCGGGCAGGAGCGUGGUAAAAUCGUUACCCAAAUCACCAACAACCACUGGGGUCCGCUGGAUCUGGUUGUGUUCGAAAACAUUCCCUGGUUCGUGCCAAUCUAUCUGCAUACGCUAACGGUCCGCCAUGGCGAGGGAAAGAUCAAACCUGCCUUCCUACACUACACACCCGGCGUCCAACGGGAGCGUCCUUACGGGUUGGAGGUAGGGCUGAGAAUUCCAGCACGAGCCACCGUCGAGCUGUCGAUCGAUUUCGAUUACAUCUUUCUCAAGUGGCAAGAGUACCCGCCCGAUGCCAAUCACGGACAUUAUAUUCCUGCGUCGAUCAUCUCACUGCAACUCCCGUCCGCACGGAACUACACUUCCGUGCCACGUGAAGCGUCCCUCUUCCGGGAGUCGUUCAAUGCAACUCAACUGUCCGGUUAUUUCCUACAACUUCGCACCGAAUCGCUGCUACUAACUCUCCCUACGCCGGACUUCAGUAUGCCGUACAACGUGAUCUGCCUCGCGUGCACUGUGGUGGCGCUCGCCUUCGGCCCAAUACACAACAUUUCGACCAAACGCAUCGUGGCGAAGGGCAAAGAGACGGCCAAGACUUCGCUGAGCGGGAAGUUAAAACAAUUUUUCCGCAUAAAGAGCGACGAACAGAAGGAGCAGGAAGAGGAACAACGAGCCAAAGAGGAAGCCGCCAGUGCCGAAGAUCUUAAUGCACCGGAUACGGAAUAAAGGAGAUCCUAGUCAGGAAGUGAGA